GAUUGACCCAACCCUCCAGUUUUUCUUGUCUCCUUCAUCCAAUGGCCACUUCCUUAUUAUUGCCAACCGCCUAUCUAGGCGGCUGUAUAGCUGCCAUGUCAGCAUUCUCCUUCGUAUACAGACGUGCUACAGCUGUCAGCGAAAUAGAACCUUGGUUUGGACCUAAUGUUGAAAAGGAGCAAUACAUUGCUCUACUCAACUCUAGCACACCUGUUCCUGAACAUCAUUUGCGAGCAGCAUUACUCCGUCGUGCCAUGGCCGACGUCAAACGACUCGUUCACAUCCAACAAGAAAAACCACCAUUAAAUGCAUUGCUUCGCGCUGGUACGGUUGGUGACGAUCUGUGGAAGGAAUUUACUGUGGCAGAGCAAGAAACUAUGGCGGAAUUGCAGGAAGUGGUAGCCGAAGCCAACACUUACAAGGAGGGAUGGGGUCAGAAUAUCUUCACCACCGCCGCUCAAAUGGUCGAACACGAGAAGCAAAAGGUUGUUUUGGAGGAAAUGAAAACUCGAAAAGAAGAGGAAGAACGAUUGGCAAAGCUACAAGAAGAGCGAGAACAGAGAGAAAUCAAGGACAAAUCGAAAACCGACGCUGAAAAGCGAGAACGAGAAGCAAAGAAAGCAGCUGAGGAACUACUCAAACAGGAGGAAGUUGAGAAAGUCAAGACUAAGAAAUAGGAUAUAUAUCUAUUUGUACUCAAUUGCUCUUUUUCCGCUUUUCCUCAAUCAUGCCCAACUUUUUUAGCCUUACUUUACCCUGUCAAAUUCCAUAGGUUCUCACUCAACUUUUUCCUGUCUGCCUGCGUCCACUAUUCGGAAUAACACCUGUAGAAAGCCUUCAUUCUUAAUAGCAAUAUAUGUUUUUUUUUGCUACUUUUGUUUGUGCCGAGCGCUAAAUGUCAAUGUCAACAAAUUGUUAG